AUGCGCAUCACGGAAGGAAUAGCCGACAGCUCUAGUACACUCACCACCAAACAGUCCACCGCUACUACUACAGAGAAAUUGCAAACCCCUGAGGUGACUAGCACGAGCACAACCAUGCGCAUCACGGAAGGAAUAGCCGACAGCUCUAGUACACUCACCACCAAAGAGUCUACAACUACUACUACAGAGAAAUUGCAAACCCCUGAGGUGACUAGCACGAGCACCACCAUGCGCAUCACGGAAGGAAUAGCCGACAGCUCUAGUACACUCACCACCAAAGAGUCUACCACCACUACUACUACCACUACCACUACGUCCGCGCCUCACAUUAUCGAUGGGCAUAGCACUAUCACAUCAUCGUCUUCCAUCGAAGAAGCCAUCGGAGUCGGAAGUCCGAUUAUGGGGUGA